GUGUGUGUGUGUGUGUGUGUGUGAUCUCAGUGCUAUGUCUCCGUCUUGGGUGCACUCUAAUAAUAGAGGAGGCUGCCUGCUCCUUUAAGAGCCUACUUGUUGCAUAGCUUACUAUACAAAAUAUAUUGUAACAAAAUGGUUAUCAAAGUAUUUCUCGCCUCUUCAUCCGGAUCCACUGCGAUCAAGAAGAAGCAGCAAGAUGUGGUCGGCUUCCUGGAGGCUCUUAAAGUGGACUACACUCAGCUGGACAUCGCCUGCAACGAGGAGAACCGCAUGUGGAUGAGGCAGAAUGUCCCUGAAGAGAAGAAGCCCACCAACGGCAUCCCCCUGCCCCCUCAGAUCUUCAACGAAGAGAGCUACUGUGGGGACUAUGAGACGUUCUUCGAUGCCAAGGAGGACAACUCGGUGUAUGCCUUCCUGGGGCUGCCCCCUCCUCCUGGGUCAAAGGAAGCAGUACAGGCCGACAGUGCGCACAUUGUGGAGAACGGGACCCAUGCUGAGGAAACUAAUGCAGAGGGGAACCUUGGUGACUCAAUAGAGGUUCCAGCGGAGGAGCGCAAUGGGCAUGCACAUGGAGAGGAGGAGCAGGCACAGGCAGCUGAUGAGGAGGAGGAAGGUGAGGGUGGUGAGGAGGAAGAGGAGGUAGCAGAGGGAGAGACUGCAGAUGAUGAAACCACAGAAGGAGAAACAGCAGGAGACGAGGCCCCCGCAGAGGAAGAGGAGGCAGUGGAAGAAACAGACGAGCAGGCCCAUGCAGAGGAGGAAGAAAAACAGGAAGAAGCUGAUGAAGACAGGUCCUUUCUUGUUUAGAAUCAGUGCUCUGACCAGUCUUCACCAGUGCCCAGCCACGUCUGCUUGCCAGUGAUCGGAAUAUGUUGAUAACAUGAACUAACAUGAGCUGAACUUGUAGGGUUAACAGUCAAAUUAAUUUGUUUUAAUUCUUACCUGAGAGCUGGAUUAAAGAUACUUAAAAAAAAAAGCCUCAAAAAUCUUUUCUAUUAGUGAGGGUUUCUCUUUAAAUAUGACACAAGAGGUGAAGUCAGUGAAGACCUGUUCCGUUUUAAAAUGAGUAGUAUCAUUUCACGUAUGACUUAUUUACUCACACACUAAUGUUUCUUUUGAAUCAAUAUCCAUGUGAAAUGUGUUGAAAUAUAUAAUCCUCUUUCCCUAAUGUUAAUAACCUCUAAUGUCCAGUAUGUUAGACAGGAAAUGAUCAGCCAUAUUCAGAGGUACAAACCCACUGUGACUGUAAAUUACUGUGUACUGUUGUUGCAAUGUAUAACACACAGCUUUUAGUCUAACCUCUCCAAUUCUGGUGUUUUAAGUGUUGCAUCCCUUUGAAUGUGUCUUUUUUUCUUAUUUUGUAGCCUCUAAAAUCUAGUAUCUUCCAUUCAGCCCCUGUGUGCCAGACUCUAGCGGUGGGAAUGCAUGUCAUGAUCAUCAGAUGAAUUUAACAGCCUCACACCACUGAGAAAAAAUAUAUAAAAGGAGACAUUUUGGCAAUGACUGUUGAUUUAACUCAACAUUUCCGUACUAUUAUGCAUCAUAUAUGAUAAAAUGUUUUUAGAAAUGUUACAUUCCACUUUUAACUAAAGAGUUUGACACCUAGCUUUUACUGUUACACGUUUAUAUGCCCUGGUAAUGUGUGGUUUAUUGAGUUAUUAUUCAAUUGAGAUAGGUUACACGCAGUAAUUGACUGACAUGUUACACUCAGUAACUGUCUCCACCUUCUACUUCAGGUAGAUGCAUUUAAGAAUUGGCAUGUUUCUUCACUUGGUGUUCCCAGUUCAUUUAAACCACCUGAGUCAAUUCACAUCACUUAGAUGCAUCAGUUUCAGAGAUCCUUCUGCUGGUUUUCACACCAGCCUUGUUCAUCAUGCACGCAUGGCAUUUGACCCCUUCUUUGCCCUUCUUUUGUCCAUCUCUUGGUUU